AUGGCGGCACGACAAGCUUUAGGCAAGCGGAAAGAACCGCAGGCAGACGCCCCUGUCGACGACGACUUUGGUGAUGCAACGUUGGAGGGCGUUUUGUCUCAGAGUGAGGAUGAUUCCGACUACGAAGAGACUUCCGAGUCCGACGGCGAUGAGCACGAGCUGGACGGCGAGGACUCGGAGGACAAUGACGAGGACGAGGAGGACAUCUUGAGCGACGAUAUUCCCUCCGAUGCUGAGGACGAAGACAUCUCUUCGAAACUCAAAUCAUCAAAGCCUCGCAAGGACGCUGCCAACGGCGAUGUCGCCGAUGAGGAUGAUGAGCCCAAUUACAGGGUUGUUACCGACGCCAAUGGCAACGAGCGCUACGAGUAUGACGAGAUUGAUCCCGUCUACGAUUCUGACGACACAGACGCACAGGAGCCCGUCAACACCAUCGGCGACAUUCCUCUGUCCUUCUACGACUCCUACCCGCACAUCGGAUACGACAUCAAUGGCAAGAAGAUCAUGCGCCCGGCUACUGGCGAGGCAUUGGAUGCCCUGCUUGAGACCAUUGAGAUCCCUAAGGGAUGGACUGGCUUGACGGACCCUGCGACGGGCAAGCCUCUCAAUCUCAGCCAAGACGAGCUUGAGCUUCUGCGCCGUGUUCAGAUGAACGAGAUUCCUGAGGAGGGUUACGAUCCCUACCCCGAAAUGGUACACUGGUUCACCGCCCACGAGGAGAAGAUGCCACUUAGCGCGGCACCCGAGCCGAAACGUCGCUUCAUCCCGUCCAAGCAUGAAGCCAAGAGAAUCGCCAAGCUUGUCAAGGCUAUCAAGGAGGGACGUAUCCUGCCAUACAAGCCUCCAGAGGAGAGGGAGAAGGAGGAGGCCGAGAAGGAAGAGACCUACUUUGACAUCUGGGCGAACGAGGAGGAGCGCCCGCCACACAUUAUGAACAUCCCAGCACCCAAACUUCCGCCACCGGGCUACGACCUCAGUUACAACCCGCCUCCUGAGUACCUCCCAACCGAGGCCGAGAGGGAAGAGUGGGAAAAGCAGGAUCCUGAGGAUAGAGAAAAGGAGUACCUGCCCGCCAAGUUCGAUUCACUGCGCAAGGUUCCCGCCUACGGCGAGUUCGUUAAAGAGCGUUUCGAGCGCUGUCUCGACCUCUACCUGGCUCCUCGUGUGCGCAAGAACAGGCUCAACAUUGAUCCUGCGUCUCUUCUUCCUAAGCUCCCCCGUCCUGAGGAACUCAGACCCUUCCCCACGUCCUGCCAGACCAUUUUCCGUGGCCAUGAGGGUCGCGUGCGGUCUGCCGCCAUCAGCCCCGACGGUGAAUGGCUUGCCAGUGGUGGUGACGAUGGCACCAUUCGUCUUUGGCACCUGCGAACUGGUCGCCAGGAGUGGUCCGCCAAGAUCAGCCUCGAUGAGGCCGUCAACGUCGUCCGAUGGCGCCCCACCAAGGACACUUUCAUCCUCGCUGCUGCCGCCGGAGAGGAUGUCUUCUUUGCUGUCCCCUCCCGUGGCGCUGACGGCAUUGACAAGAACAGCCGCGACAUCCUCGACGCCGGUUUUGGUUAUGCCACUCAAAACCCUCAGCCUACGACCGCGGUCACCAAAGAGCAGCCUGGCAAGUGGGCUCGCCCCGGAUCCAAGCUUGAGGCUCUUGGUGUCCUACUGAAGGCCACCGUCAGAUCGACCAUCAAAGUCAUCAACUGGCACCGACGUGGUGAUUUCCUCUGUACCGUCUCUCCAACGGGUCAGCGCAGCGCCGUCGCUAUCCACACACUCUCAAAGCAUCUGACUCAGAUCCCCUUCCGGAAGCUCCCAGGCCUCGCCCAAUCGGCUCAGUUCCACCCCUCCCGCCCGCUCUUCUUCGUCGCGACCCAGCGCAUGAUCCGCUGCUACGACUUACAGCGCCAGGAGCUGGUCAAGAUCAUCCAGCCUGGCGCCCGCUGGAUCUCAUCUUUCGAUGUUCACUCUGGCGGAGACAAUAUCGUUGUCGGUUCCUACGACAGACGUCUCCUCUGGCACGACCUCGACCUAUCCAACCGUCCCUUCAAGACGAUGCGCUUCCACGCCGAGGCCAUCCGUGCCGUUAAGUUCCACCGUGGCCUGCCCCUAUUCGCCGACGCUAGUGACGAUGGCACGCUCCAGAUCUUCCACGGAAAGGUCGUCAGCGACCUCAUGGAGAACCCGACCAUUGUGCCCGUCAAGAUGCUCAAGGGUCACAAGGUCGUCAACAAGCUUGGUGUUCUCGACGUUGACUGGCAUCCUUCGGAGCCCUGGUGUGUGAGCGCCGGCGCCGACGGCACCUGUAUCCUCUGGACCUAA